AGUCAAAUCAUUUUGACCCUCUCAAAGAGGCAGCCAUGGCAAGACCGACAUGACCCUCAACUGAACCAUUGUCUAAGCCGAGCCGGAGAGGCGAUAUUGGAACCGUUCAAAUGCAACCGCAACACAGCCGGUACAACUGCUCUCUCACACAGUGGACACCAGCAAACUCCACAUUCUCGUCCUCCUAAUUCCAAUACAUUCUAUUCUUCAUCAACGCUCCCAGAAUUAGUGUUUCAGACCACCAACUCUCUCUCUAUCUCUCUAGCUAUCUACAUUUUUGACUUUCUAUAUCCAAUCUCCAAUAUUGCGAUCGAAUUCGAGACGAAACACGUGAAUCGCUGGACUUGUUUCGCUUUAAUCCUUGUACUCGUCGCUGAUUGUGUUUAUAAACCAUCUGUAAUUUAGGUUUCGCCUCGUGCUCUGUGAAGAAGAAUCAUGACCACAAAACUAUUGGAGAUUGAACCCAGCGAACUCAAGUUUACAUUUGAGUCGAAGAAACAAAGUUCAUGUGCAAUUCACCUUGCCAAUAUAUCUGAUCAAUAUGUUGCCUUCAAGGUAAAGACUACAUCACCGAAGAAAUACUGUGUUCGACCUAACAUAGGCAUUGUCAAGCCAAAGUCAACAUGUGAUUUCACAGUUACCAUGCAAGCUCAACAUUCAGCUCCAUCUGAUAUGCAAUGCAAAGAUAAAUUCCUUAUUCAGGGCACAAUUGUCCCUUUUGGGACAAGUGAAGAGGAUGUCACAACUGGCAUGUUCACAAAAGAGAGUGGUAAAUAUGUGGAAGAGAGCAAACUAAGGGUCAUUCUGGUUAGCCCACCACAUUCUCCAGUAUUGCUACCAAUCAAUGGAGUUUUGAAGCAAGAACCAUCUCAUGAAACUUCAAUGCAGAAAGAAAAAUUACUUAGUGGAGUAGAAAAUCUUCCCCCAACUGAAAUGGCAACUAGGGAUGCUGAGGAUUUCAAAAUUGCUACAGAUAUGGAUGAGCUAAGACCAACUAAAGAUAUGGAGUUGAGGCCAACUAAGGUUAUAGAGGAACCGGAGUUGAGAGCAGUUAAGGAUAUGGAGCCGAUCCAUGCUAAGAAUGUGGAACCAAGACCAGUUGAGGAUGCGGAAGGAACAAAAUUAAAUUUAAUUAAUGAUAUUGAGGAGUUGAAGUUGAAGGUGAAUGGACUGAAUUCAAAGCUAAUUGAGGCCCAAUUUACCAUCACGAAGCUAAAAGAAGAGAAGAGCACAACAAUUCAAGAGAAUGAAUCACUCAAGCAAGAGCUGGCAAUAAUGUUGAGGAGGAAGCCUGUUGGUGUAAGAAGAGUUGAGGUUGGUUUCCCCUUGCUGUUUGUUUGCAUGGUUGCACUGAUCAGUCUGACAGUUGGAUAUGUUUUACACCGCUAGCGGAGAACACUUCAUCAUUAGGCUUUUAUUCAAGUCUCUUUAACUCUUUGUUAACUUUGGAAAUUGUUCCAAUGCUGGAGGUUGUAAUAGUCUGUUUAUCGCGGUAGCUUCAUACCAGGAUUGUUGAUGACCAGAUAUAGAAGAAACCUAUUAGAAAAUGGAUGUAUAAAGAACUUAUCUCUAACAAAGAAGAGAGAAUAAUCUCUUUUUCAGGAGUGACAGUUGGAUAUCUUUUACACCGCUAGUGGAGGCACCAUUUGUUUGGAUGUAAAAUAUUUUUUAAAAAAUAUUUUUUCUAGUGUUUGGUUAUCGUAAAA